AUGCGUGAACAGAAACGCCGGUUUGAAGAAGACAUGAAAAUGCUAGAUCUUCAACACGCUCGCGAGAAGCUGGAAAUGGACCAGCUCGCUCGGGACUUGGCUCAGGCUGGCAUCUCUGGCCCAGUCAGCGAGCCAACCACCCCGCCUGAGUAUCGAGAUACUACUGUGUCGAAUGCCUUUAGCCGCCCUGCUCGUUUUUCCACCUCGAGUGUUACCUCUUCGCCCGGCUUCUUUAACGCUUUUGCCCCUUCGAACUUGACUUCGCCCCAGGCUACUUCCCAGCCCGUCCAGCCCUCGAUUGAUCGAUUUGCUGGACACUCUGUCCCUGGUUCCCGCCGAAACUCCGAGAAGGACGACUUCCUUGCUGAUCCUACUUCCCCAUUCAGAUCAGGCCCAUCUGCUGCUCAUCGAUACUCGCUGCCCUCCGGCAAUCCGAAUGGCCAGUCUCAUCGGUCUAGUAUCUCCGGCUUGAAUGGAUCACGCCUUGACAGCUUCAACGUCCCCAAGUAUCUUUUCCCUAGUGACGAGGACAAGCCCCACAGCCACCUGAGGGAGCUAGAACGCCUCUCGACUCCUGACAUCAAGAGUUAUAUCAAGUUGACCGAGCCUGAUGACAAAUUCCCAACUCUGUCCCGUCGUGGUGACUCAAACGUGUUGUCGGCAAAUCCUGACGCCCAUGAUCUCGCCAACCCUCGUGCGCCGGGCUCCGAUAAUUAUUCCAACCAUAAUCGUCACCGAUCGUCUCACCAGAGCAUGCCGCAGAACAUUCACAACUUUGGGCGCUUGGACCAGGUGGGAAGCCAGAACAAUGAGGAUCACGGCAACUCUGUUCAGACCUCGCGCCACAGCGCCCGUCGUUCUAUGGGAAGCCAGAUCUCCUUCCAUGAAGACCGCCAUGAUGAGACAGCUACCCCAGUUCCCUCGAGCCGGCCCACUGCUCUGCAGUCAUCAUACUCAACUAAUGAUCUGCCUACUAUCAAGGGAAAUGGAGCGGGUACCACUAUUACUCCUCCCAACACCCACAAUGAGCACAUGCACCAUCACAAUACAAGCAUGGGACGCAUUUCCCAGAAUGGUGUGAAUAACCAGGCUAAGACCGACUUCGAUGAGACCGAGUUCUAUGGCACUCAAUCGACUCUGCACGCGAGUGCUCCACCCUUUGGGCCCCAGCUCAGUUCGCCUGCACCUGCCAACCAUGUUUCUAGUGCGGUUGUUCCAAUGGGAUUACCAUUCCAAGUCCCUGCGGUUCCUGCCUUCAAUUAUGGAAUCCAGCCCUAUGUCGGCCAAGCAACCCCAAUCAACGGUCACUUGCAACACUUCGGCGGAGGUUCCACCUUCAACAAUGCCUAUCCCGGCUAUGGCCCUGGGUUCCGCUUUAAUGAGUCUGCAGCUCGAGGUAACAUGGCUCAGCGUCGCCAGGAGAAUGAUGCUACCCAGCUCACUCGUUUUGGCAACUACCCCCUGGAGCAUUACAAGGGUGAAUUGUACAGUCUGUGCAAGGACCAGCAUGGUUGUCGGUACCUGCAGCGCAAGUUGGAAGAGCGUAACCCGGAUCAUGUGCAGCUGAUUUUCAGUGAGACUUACAUGCAUGUUAUUGAACUCAUGACCGAUCCAUUCGGAAAUUAUCUUUGCCAGAAAUUGCUAGAAUUCUCCAACGACGAACAACGGACUGUUUUGAUCGACAAUGCUGCGUCUGACUUGGUUAAGAUUGCCCUGAAUCAGCAUGGAACGCGUGCACUCCAGAAGAUGAUCGAAUUCAUCUCGACCCCCCAGCAGACCCAAACAGUAAUCAAUGCGUUGCAAUAUCACGUCGUUGAGCUGGUACAGGAUUUGAACGGCAACCACGUUAUCCAGAAAUGUCUCAACCGCCUCACACCCGAGGAUGCCGAGUUCAUUUAUGAGGCCGUUGGGGGUAAUUGUGUAGUCGUUGGUACACAUCGCCAUGGAUGUUGUGUCCUCCAACGUUGCAUCGAUCACGCUUCGGGUCAUCAGAAGGCUCGCCUGAUUUCGCAGAUUACUUCGCACUCGUUUGCUUUGGUCCAGGAUCCGUUCGGAAAUUAUGUUGUGCAAUACAUUCUGGACCUUGCGGAGCCUAGCUUCACCAACCCACUGUGUGCUACCUUUGGAGGCAAUAUCCCUCAGCUGUCCAAGCAAAAGUUCAGUUCCAACGUGAUCGAGAAGUGCCUCCGGACCGCCGACAACUACAUGAAGCGUGAGAUGAUUGACGAGUUCCUCAUGGGAAAUGAGCUUGAAAAGAUGCUCCGUGAUUCAUUCGCGAACUAUGUUGUUCAGACUGCCAUGGACUUCUGUGAUCUCGAGACUCGCAACCGUAUUGUGGAGGCUGUUCGCCCAAUUCUUCCGUCUAUCCGCCAGACUCCCCAUGGUCGUCGUAUUGCUGGCAAGAUCAUGGCUGCGGAUACCAACAACCGUAGCAACGGUAGUAGCGCUACUACUAGCGGCCAGGUCACCCCCAAUGAUAUGACCAGCAGUGCACAGAUCCCCAAGACCUUGCUGCAGAAGGGGUUCACAUACCAUCAGCCUGGUACACAGUCUUCGAGCUCAUCCAGCGGAUACAGCACCCAGACUUAUCUGCCUCAAUCCUCGCAGAGCUCUGUCUCCAACACUCCUUCGGGACAAAGUGAUACCUCGUCUGUUUACACCGCUUCUACCUCCCAGAUGUCCGUGAAGCUUGGAUCACAGCAAAUCCAGAACUACUUCUGA